GCAGGUCGUUAGCCCCGCCCCUCGCCCUAUCUGAGCGCCUGGCGAUGCGAGCGCAGCACUUUGCACCCGUUCCGAGCCGGGCGAGCUGGGUAUUCUACAGCUUUUAAAAUAAGGCACACUUUCGAGAGGGGUCUAUUCUCUUUUGUGCGUACGUCGAACACCUCCUAAUAAGAAAGCAAUAACAACACAGAUUGCCAAUCCGAAAGAAUUCCCGGAAACCACAUACAAGGAACAUUCAAUUACGCCGACGUCCGGUUCGAGUCAUCAUGGAAACGGAAAUACGAAUUUGCAACCGUCCUGCAUACAGGGAUAUUGAUGGUCUCCGCCUGAACAAGUAUUUCAAGCCAGAGCUGUAUCGAAGCGCCUUGAAGUACCAGCCACGACCAGACGACAUCUUUGUGGUAACCUACCCGAAAUGUGGGACAACGUGGGUCCAGCACAUCGGAUAUCUCAUUCUAAGCAAGGGAGUUCCACCACCGAGUGGCCUCGACUUCUACCGGCGCAGCCCCUUCUUCGAGAUGUUCGGCGCCGAGGCUGUUGAAGAUAUGACCAGACCUGGACUCAUCAAGACGCACCUCCCUUACCAUCUCUUGCCCCAGCAUUCUGAAGCGAAGUAUCUUUACGUCUGCAGAAACCCAAAAGACGCUUGCGUUUCCUACUUCCAUCACACCCGAGGCUUCCACGCCUACGAGUUUGCGGAGGGAAAGUUUGAAGACUACUUCGACAUCUACAUGGAAGGGGAAAACGAUUUCGGAGACUACUUUGAGCACGUGUCGUCCUGGUAUGCUCAUCGAGGAGACCCUAACGUCCUCUUUAUCAACUAUGAGGACAUCAAGGAAAAUCCACGGAAGUACGUUCUCAAUAUUGCAAAGUUUAUAAAUAACGACUGCUACAACAUGCUGAAGGAAAACGAGAACAUUUUGCAGAACGUUCUUAAGUACAGUGACAUAAAGUCUAUGAGAGAAUACGGUACGGAAAACAUCAAGAACUUCUUCACGAAACCCCUGAAAGACAACAACGUCCCAGUUGGGAUAAGAACAUUCCACGAGUUGGCGCAGCGGUACCCGAAAUCAACAGGAUUCAUCCGAAAAGGCAUUGUUGGGGACUGUAAGCAGUACCUAACCCCCGAAAUGCACAAAAGGAUGGAAGACAAGAUUAUGCAGAAGCUUUCUCAUACGGAUCUUAUUGAUGUCUGGAGAAAGCACGGCAUCAUGUGAUUUACGAGCAUGAUGUGAACACGCGCUCGAUACGUUGGCGACUUUGUGGUUACGCCAGAUUCCCAAGUUUCGAAUGUAACAUGGUUCGGUUUUUGAUUUCACACUUUUAUAUUUUCGGAGAUUAAAACUGCUGAAAAUUUCUGAUGA